UCGCCGAACGCCGCCAACAUGGUGUUCAGGCGCUUCGUGGAGGUUGGCCGAUUGGCCUACGUCUCCUUUGGACUUCAUGCCGGCAAGCUGGGCGCAAUUGUAGAUGUUAUUGAUCAGAACAGGGCUUUAGUGGAUGGACCUUGCACUCAAGUAAGGAGACAGGCUAUGCCUUUCAAAUGCAUGCAGCUCACCGACUUCAUCCUCAAGUUCCCACACAGUGCUCGCCAGAAGUAUGUCCGAAAAGCCUGGGAGAAGGCAGAUGUUAAUGCAAAGUGGGCAGCCACAAGGUGGGCCCAAAAGAUUGAAGCCAGAGAAAAGAAAGCCAAGAUGACAGAUUUUGAUCGUUAUAAAGUCAUGAAGGCAAGGAAAAUGAGGAAUCGACUAAUCAAGCUUGAAGUUAAGAAACUUCAAAAGGCAGCUCUCCUGAAAGCUUCUCCCAAGAAAGCACUUGCUAAGGGGGCAGCUGCAGCAGCUGCUGCUGCUGCUGCCAAGGUUCCAGUAAAAAAGAUCACCACUGCAGGCAAGAAGGCUCCAGCCCAGAAGGCUCCAGCCCAGAAAGCUGCAGGCCAGAAGGCUGCACCUCCUCCAAAAGCUCAGAAGGUUCAGAAACCUCCAGCCCAGAAAGCACCUGCUCCAAAAGCAUCUGGCAAGAAAGCAUGAGAACAUAAGAGGCUAUUAUAAAAGUAAUAAAAGUUUUUUUUGACAUGCUGGCAAAUCUA